AUGCCGCGCGCGCUGUGCUGGCAUGUGCUGGCGGCAUUCCUGCUCUCAUCAGUCCGCGUACAAGCAGAGGCAGAUGCCAGGCGUUUGUUAACCGUCCGCCUACAGCGUGAGCGAAGGAGAAGGGCUAGGAGCUGGACCUCGAUUGAAGACUUCACUGCUCCGCCUCGAGCCCUGCGCCUCCCCUGGAACCCUUCGAUCCCCUGGGCGCCUUGGCCCAUCCCCGCGCUGAAGCACCUGAAGGAGAAGAAGGCCCCAAGUGGGCUGCAGCGCAUCUCCCUCGAGGACCUCAACGACGUGCAGUACCUGGGAGACUUGUGGAUCGGGACGCCAACCGACCGCACCUUCCGGAUGAUACUGGACACCGGCUCAUCUGACCUUUGGGUCAGCAACAACGUGUUCAGUCCGGACGACUCAUCCACUUGGGUCUCCGACGACACCUCCGAGACGCAGAUUCGGUAUGGGCAGGGGGUCGUCCACGGCACGACUGGCAUAGACGAAGUCUGCCUGCUGGCAGACCCCAAGAACCUGUGCGUCCGCCAGGAGCUCCUGGUGGCUUCGGGAGUGGAGGGCAUCUCCCUGACCACCUUCGAUGGUAUCCUGGGCCUGGGGCUGCCGGGCAUCUCCCACGCGCAUCAGGACUUCUUGCAAAACCUGGCGAAGACGGGCUUCGGUGGUGGCGAGCUCUGCUUCUCCUUCGAGCUGAUGGAGAAGGAAACCUCCACGGCCAUCUUCGGGCCGUGCCCGGAGGUCAUGGGCACGGCAACGGAGCAGACUGGCAUCCCGGCAAGCCGGGCUGCCCAUCUUCGGGUGCAGCGCGCUUUUGGCUUCAUGCAGCCAGGCUGGUGGCUGGUGGAGAUCGGCAUCACGUGCGCCAUCUUGAGCCUGAGCGCCCUGCAGGCGCAGCUGGUUCUCUUGAAGAACUGCGCGCCCACGUUGCUCCUCUCCGUGAUGAUGGGGAUCUUCUGCAAUGAGCGCUAUGUCAGGCAUUGGAAUCGAUUCUUCAAGACGCGCUACAUGGAGAUGCCUCUCUGCUCGGAGGCGGUCACGCAACGCUGCGGCCCUGUCUGUCAGAGCACCUUCUUGGUUGUCGGUCUCAUCGUCUAUGGCCUUCUUCAGGUGGUGGCGGUGACGAUUAUCCUGAACACGGUGCUCGACGCAACGCUGACGGGGCAGUUUCAUACAGAGGUGAGUGCUAUUCUGGAUACCGGCACGUCGUUCAUCGUGAUUCCCAAGGACGAUUUUGGAGUGGUCGGCGCCGCAAUGUUUGGCCAACGUCUGGAAGACAGCUGCGGGAUGUAUCGAAAUUCGCUGCUGUGCGCAUGCGACAUCAUUGAUGAGGCGAAGCCCCUGCACAUCGACGUCGGGGGCCUGCAUUUCCGAAUCGAUCCACGUGAGACCUUUACGAUUGACUCCGAUGGCGCCAUGUUCCAAGGAGGGCGCAAGGCAUGUCAGACUGGAUUGGGUCUGGCCGAGGCGGGGACUGCCUGGAUCCUUGGCGACGUUUUCCUGAGGCAGGCUGUGGUGGUCCAUGACCCUCGAGGGAAUGUCUCCAUCUUUCCCAGAGUGGAGGAGAGGGAGGCUAAGCUUCGGAAGCGUCCGGAGGAGAAACUCCCCAUUCCUGUGCAUCGUCUCCGAAUGCUGAUCUAUGGAGACUCGCUAACGGCCGGUGCUCCCUCAAUGGUGCCGUUUGGGGAGGCGCUCUGCCAAUCACUGGAAUCUAUGGGGUACCAGGUCGAGGCGACGAUCUGCGGCUUGUGUGCCUCGACUGCUUGGCAGAUGCUGGCCGCCGCAGAGGAGCCGUUGGUCCUGGAGACCUUGGGAAGUCGUUGGGGCUCAGGGCUCCUGCCCCUCCUUCACUCCAAGGAUAAGGUGGAUCUGGUUCUCCUCAUGGCUGGCACCAACGACCUGGGGACCACCGCUCCUCCUGAGGAGAUCGCUGCAGCCAUCCGUGGCCUCCAUGGCAUCUGCCAUCAAGCCGGCGUGAGAACGGUGGCGCUGGGCAUCCCGGAUGCCGGAGGCUGGAACGUGGCUCGGAUUCCGGCGCUGGCGGCGCGGAAGCGGGCCGUGAAUGCGUCCCUGGCCGCAUGGACCAAAGUGGCAGAAGGAUGCACGGAGAGUUGCGAGAGUUCGGACGCUUGGACCAAGCCUGAACUCUUCAUCAACACGGUGGCCCUGAUGCCCUACGGUCCGAGGAGCCGGGGGGCUGGAGACUGGGCUUCAAUUAUUUGGGUAUCUCCCAAAGUGGGAGUCCUUUUAUGCCCCAAAUAG